AUGGAUAACGUUACAAUACGCAAACCUAUUAAAUGUAACUCUCUGAAUGAUAUAUCUGAUUCAUCAAUGUUUGAUGCAACAAUGAUGAGCUUACCUGACAAUACGUUAAAUGAAAGUCAGGCUUUUCUUGAUUUAAAUAAUAAGAUAGUCAAGCUUUCUACCGACUUAGCAUCAGCACAUCAAGAAAUUGAAAAUCUGCUAGAUGAAAAUAAUCAAUUAAAGACAAAUUUAGAACAUUCUCAGAAAUUAAUAGGAGAAUAUAAGAAGGUACAAUUCUCGAGUACUCCAAGUUCCGUUUAUUCAUUUGGGAAAAGGAAACGCCGUUGUUUUUCAAGUGAGUUAAAAGGCACUAAACUAAUAUUGCCUUUGAAAUCACCAUCCAAAGAAGAUAUUAUAGGAAAAUCUGAUACCAAUAAUAAAUAUAAUGAAGAUCACAGAAAAAGCGACUCUCAACUUUAUCAAGCAACUGCUAGUGACGUUAAAAAUUCAGAAAAUAUUAAUAUUCCUAACUUAAAGAAAGAAGAAAGCACAAGGAGAAUAAUCAUUAUAGCUGAUCAACAAGGAAAGGGUUUAUAUUAUAAAUUACAAGGCCUUUUAGGAUCUUCAUACAAAGUGACAAGCUUUUUGAAACCAGGGGCAAAAUUAUGUGACGUAUUAAAAUCCUGUAAUACUGAAAUAGCAAAACUUUCUAGUGAUGACUAUAUAAUUGUUUUAGGAGGAACAAAUGAUAAGAAUCCAUAUGAAUUUCAAAGUAAUCUCACUUUGUGGCUAAACUCUACGAAACACACCAAUGUAAUUGUAGCUGGCACCCGAAAGCUCGUAACACCAAUCAAACCAGUCUACAAAACAAUAUUCCAGUACGCCAGUCCGCGUUCGCCCCUGCUUCGUAGAAGUCGUGCGUGCAAACGUGUCAUUCAUCCCGAAAAAACCGUGUGUAUUUUUCUCUCAGUGUUUUCAAAACAGUGUUCAGAUAGAGUGCAGUGA